CAGCAGUGGAUCUUAGCAGGGAGCUGCAGGAGGAGGAGGAGGUAACAUGCAGCAUUCAUCCACCACGCACUUAUUUAUACAACAAAACUAUAACGUUAUGCUUUGAUUUUCAAGCUAUUUUCAAAUUCGUGGACAUUUACUGUAAACAUGUCUUGCAACCAGUCUGCAUUUUAAGUGUUCUUCCACAAAAUACCGCGGUUACGCUGUCCCAAAACAAACCCCACAGCAGCCAUGGAGCGAGUCAGAGGUGCAUUUAACAACCUGUUAAAGAGCGAGAGCUACAGCAGGUUCAACCUGCAGCCACAGGUGGAAGGAGAAACACACAUGGAGGCGAAAAUGUCUGAUGAUGUCACAGAUGAUGUCACGCAGGUGGAAAGCCAGGCAGGAGCUGCUACGAGGUUCGAGCAGACGUCUUCGGAUCACAACAAGAGGAAUAUUUGUUACCUGUCUUUGGGGACGCUGCUGGUGUUUCUACUGGGUUAUCUGGUUGGUUACAUCAGCCACAGUAAAGUGGAGCCGGUGAGGACGGAGCCUGUCGCUGUGGUCAAAAGUCAAACAGUGACGAAGUCGCCGCCGCCUGAUUUUAUACCAGCUCCAGAUUUGUCCCUGAAGUGGUCAGACAUCCAACAGCUGCUCACCCAGAAACUCACCAGCCAGGCAUUUGACACCACUCUGAGUUAUCAAUGGCUAGCUAAUCAGAUGCAGGGUGUGAUAGGCGACGGUCGUCUGGCCACUCGUGUCUAUGAAGAGUUCAAGCAGCUGAACAUGGACCCGUGGUCUGACGACCACUAUGUUCAGCUGCAGACACCAGACAGCGAUCACCCAAACCGUGUCAUUUUUGGGUCUGAUGAGUCCAAACCUGAGGGGUAUCUGGCCUACAGUGCAACUGGGAAAGUUGAGGGUAAACUGGUUUACGCCAACUACGGUCGUCUGGAGGACCUGGACGUGGUUCUUAAAAAGGACAUUGAGCUGAAUGGCAGCGUCCUGCUGCUGCGCAAGGGGAAAAUAUCGUAUGCAGAGAAGGUGGUCAUUGCUGCAGCCAAGGGAGCCUCUGCUGUUCUCAUUUACCCAGACAUACAGGACUACAAGUACGAGGGCGACACGGCUCUGUACGGACACGUCCAUCUUGGUUGUGGUGACCCCUACACCCCUGGUUUCCCUUCCUUCAACCACACCCUGUUUCCUCCCACCAAGUCGUCCGGUCUCCCUGAAAUCCCUGCUCAGACCAUCACUGCCAACAUGGCCUACACUCUCCUACAGAACAUCCAUGGACCAGAGUCUAACGCCAGCAGUGGUUUUAUUGGGGGCUUCCACAUGCCUCCAUACAGACUGGGAGGCAGCAAGAACAUCACUGUGGAGGUGAACAACAUCCUGGUCAACACAAAGAUCCGCAACGUGUUUGGAGUCAUCAAAGGAUUCACUGAUCCUGAUCAGUACCUCGUCAUCGGAGCUCAGAGAGACGCUUGGGGCAGAGGUUACGCCAGAGCCAACGUUGGUACCUGUGUUCUGAUAGAACUGGCCAGAGCCUUCAGUGAGAUGGUGAAGAAAGAUGGAUUUAGGCCAAGGAGAAGUAUCGUGUUUGCAAGUUGGAGUGCAGGAGAAUAUGGGAAUGUUGGUGCCACCGAGUGGUUAGAGGCGUACAUGUCUACUAUUGACAAAAGGCUUUUCACCUACAUAAGUCUAGAUGGACUGGUUAUGGGUCGAGGCAGUUUCACAGCCUCGUCCAGUCCUCUGCUCUACAGCCUCAUCGAGACCACGAUGAAAACGAUGCCCAGUCCACUUGGAUCUGGAACUGUGUACGACAUGGUGGGAAAAAACAACUGGGAGGCAAACGUAAUGAAGCCCAUGUCUAUGGAUGAUCCUGCCUAUCCAUUCCUGGCCUUUUCUGGAAUUCCCUCCAUGUCUUUCCACUUCACCUCCAAGAAUAUGGAGUCCUACCCUUACUAUGACACCAACCUGGACAACAUGGACCACCUGGAUUAUCAAACCAACCAUCACAGCAGUGAGAUAACAGCUUUGGCAGCGCAGUGCGCUGGCGUGAUGGCCCUGCGCCUGGUCCAUGACCACGUGAUCAACCUGGAUGUGAACCAAUACGGCAGAAUAAUCAAUAAGGCUGUGAUACCAGUCUACAUGCGGAUCAAAAAACUGCAGGAGUCUGGUCAACUCCAGAACGUGAGUACUAACUGGUUGGUGGAAGCACGAGGCUCCUUCCUCAGAGCUGUUGAAAAGGUCAACACAAGCAUCUCCAACAGUGACUUGAAUAAUGAGAAGACCUGUAGAAUGAUCAACAACAGGAUCACGGCGGUGGAGCACUCGCUCCUCUCUCCGUACGUGUCACCGACUCAGACCCCCUUUCGUCACCUCCUGCUGGGGCGUGGCCCACACACUCUGGCGUCCUUGGGUAGGAUAAGGGACAUGGAGCAGCUUCAUGUCCAGCUGGCCCUCGCCACCUGGACCCUGCAGGGCUGCUCCUACGUUAUGGUGGGCGACAUCUGGGACAUUCAUGAGCAGAUCUAGGAUGUGAGCGAGGAAGUGGUUAAAUUUUCAGGUAAACCUUGGAGCAGAGGGAGGAGUUCCAGUGUCAGGACUCCAGCUGUUGAAUCAGACAUGACCGGAGACUAAUGAGGUAAAAUGUUGUUGAACAUCAGUCUGUGCAAAAACCUGACGUACUUGUGAUCAACCUGUGGCUGUGACCAUCCAAACUCCCACAGAGCUUAGUGUAAUUUUUUUUGUUUUUACCAGUGGCUUUGCCCACUUUGUAGCUGUCUUUUUUUCAUGACAUUAUCGGAAGCAGUAACCUCCAUAAUUAUGACGGUUAUACUGUCGCAUUUUCCUGCAGCAUCUGCUACACUAACUAACUCGCUGAAUGUUUGAAUUUUCUCCUGUCUGUCAGUUCUGUAGUAUUUACUCUGUGGGCCACAAACCCAGAAAUAUUCCAGGGUUCUGUUGGAACUGUUGUGUCUUAAACAGCCACAUCGUUCCUUGUACUGCCCACUGAUCCUGGUACUAAUUUAAGCCAAAUUUCAAACUCGUUUGAACUUAUUAAGAUCUGUGGCUUCCACAACUCAUUAUUGGAAGCAGGGUCUUCCAGACUGAUAAGAAGUCAUGGUAGAUUUUGCCUAUCUUUGUGUGUUUGUUUGUUUUAUAGGGACCAAAUCUAAUACAAGGACAGGCAACAUCUUAAUGACUGGUUUCUCCUAAUCUUUAUUCUAAUUGACUUUUUUAUAUAUUUUUUUAUUUUAUGUGUGUUUCUGUCUUUAUUCUACUGACAGUAUUUUUUCCACCCACUCUAUGGCCCUAAUGUAGUCAAAUCAGACACAUUUUAUUCUAAAAGAAAUAGUUAGACAAAAGAACUGGACAUAUAUUUUAAUGUUGACGCUGACAUUUUAAAAUUUAUAACCACUAUUGUCAUGGUUUUGUCUUCACCCUGAAAACUGGGUAAUUCCACCACAGGGUGGCGUUAAAGUAUAAUUAAAAAAAAAUACAAUCUGCCUUUUUUUUUAAAUUCUCAGCAGACAUUUAUUUUCCUUUCUGAAACUGCAUGGAAGGAUGACUAUACAGUAAUUAUGGAUUUAUUUCAAGAUUACAAGUGAAAUUAAAAAGAUUAACAUGUACUCAAAAUAGAAUCUGACAUCCAGCUUUAAGAACACCUAAUCCGCUUACUUCUAACACAGCUGCUGAAGUGUAACAACGUGUCAAUAUAUUAAUAUUUUGUCAUUAUAAAUGGGUUUUGUUACUACUGUGUUCACUUCUGCGUAGUUUCGUCUCUAAAAGGUAUAUGUGAUUUAACGUCAUUGUGUGUGGCAAUAAACCCAAUGACUCACCACCCCCUACC